AUGUUCCAGCAACAGGCAGCCCUCCUGGAGGACACCAAGUGCGCCAAGGUCGCCGAGGCGUGUCCCGAAGGUUCCACUUCGCUUCUCGUGAAGAGGAAGUGGUUCGACCCUCGCGGAGGCUGCGCGAUCGGGUCCUGUGUUCACCUGGAGACCGGUGACGGGGGAGCAGGAGGAGCACCAGACACAGCGAGCACUGCGGCUCAGGCUGAGGGGAGCGAUGACGAAAACACAGGAACGCCCGAAGCACCCGGGGACGACGUUGCGAUGAAGGCCAUCGCCGAGAAGCUUGCCGCACUCUCGCAGCAGCACCCCGUGGGUUCCGUCAAGAAGGCCCUCGCAACCAUGCGCGAACAGCAGGCGAAGGCAACUGAACGACGAGGAACGUCGAGAUCGGAGUUUUGUGCAUCGUCAUCAUACGUAUCCCUCCGAAGAGUGCGUGUUUUUCAAUAA